ACACACAUCUCUCAUCUCCACUUCACCGUAUUACACUCAUCAGACUCCCACUGCAAACCGCGUAGUUGUAGAUAGUUGAUCUUCCACUUCCAAUCCCAACCUCUCUUUCUCUCGCUCUCUCUCUAAAAAAGGCAAUUCUCCAUCUCUUUCUCUCUCUAAACCAAAAGAUCUUUCCGAAUUUCGUACUUUACCACUGACAUUGAAUGCGGAUCUAGUCGUGAUCGGCGAGAUCCGAGAAUGGGGCACCUGAACCUGCCGCCUUCGAAGCGGAGCGCGAGGCAGUGGCGGCUGCUGGACCUGGUGACGGCGGCGCUGUUCGCGAUCGUGAUCCUCUUCUUCCUCUUCGUCUUCACUCCGUUGGGGGACUCGCUGGCGGCGUCGGGGCGGCAGACGCUGCUGAUGUCCUCCAACGCCGAUCCGAAGCAGCGCCACCGCCUCGUGACGGUGGUGGAGUUGGGGCGCCACCACCACCCGAUCGACGCCUGCCAGGCCGACGCCGUCGACCACAUGCCCUGCGAGGAUCCCCGCCGCAACAGCCAGCUCAGCCGCGAGAUGAACUUCUACAGGGAGAGGCACUGCCCUCUUCCCGAGGAGACCCCGCUCUGCCUCAUCCCUCCACCCAAUGGCUACAAGAUUUCCGUGCCCUGGCCUGAGAGCUUGCACAAGAUUUGGCACAGCAACAUGCCACACAAUAAAAUUGCAGAGAGGAAAGGUCAUCAAGGAUGGAUGAAACUGGAAGGUCCAUACUUCAUUUUCCCUGGUGGUGGCACCAUGUUCCCUGAUGGAGCAGUUCAAUAUAUUGAAAAACUUGGACAAUACAUUCCUAUCAGCGGAGGAACUUUGAGGACUGCUCUUGACAUGGGAUGUGGGGUUGCCAGUUUUGGUGGGUAUCUUUUGAAUGAAGGCAUUCUAACAAUGUCAUUUGCUCCAAGAGAUUCUCACAAAUCACAGAUACAGUUUGCACUUGAAAGAGGAAUUCCAGCAUUUGUUGCCAUGCUUGGCACUCGACGACUUCCCUUUCCUGCACUCUCGUUUGAUUUGGUUCAUUGCUCUCGUUGUCUUAUUCCAUUCACUGCCUACAAUGCAACUUAUUUCAUGGAAGUAGACCGGUUACUUCGCCCAGGAGGUUACCUGAUAAUCUCUGGGCCCCCUGUAGAGUGGGCUAAUCAAGACAAGGAAUGGGCAGAUCUCCAGGCUGUGGCAAGAGCGUUGUGUUAUGAGCUUAUUGCUGUGGAUGGAAACACGGCUAUAUGGAAAAAGCCUGCUGUAGAUUCAUGUCUUCCAAAUCAGAAUGAAUUUGGGCUUCAACUGUGUGAUGAGUCAGAUGACCCAAGUGCUGCAUGGUACUUCAAGCUAAAGAAAUGCGUGAGUGGAAUGUCUUCUGUCAAGGGAGAAUUUGCCAUUGGACAGAUUUCAAAGUGGCCAGCCAGACUGACGAAAGCUCCUUCAAGGGCCCUGAUCAUGAAAAAUGGCAUUGAUGUGUUUGAGGCGGACACAAGGCGGUGGGUAAGGAGAGUUGCUUACUAUAAGAACUAUUUAAACUUGAAGCUGGGAACUUCAGCUGUACGCAACGUCAUGGACAUGAAUGCAUUUUUUGGAGGUUUUGCAGCAGCUCUCAAAUCUGACCCUGUGUGGGUAAUGAAUGUUGUACCUGCUCGCAAGCUCUCGACUCUCUCUGUAAUUUACGAUAGAGGCCUUAUCGGUGUCUACCAUGAUUGGUGUGAGCCAUUCUCGACAUAUCCUCGGACUUACGAUUUUAUUCAUGUAACUGACAUUGAAUCUCUCAUAAAGCAUCAAGGUUCAAGCAAGAACAGGUGUAACCUUGUGGAUUUAAUGGCGGAGAUGGACCGGAUAUUGCGUCCAGAAGGAACAGUUGUGGUUCGAGAUUCUCCUGAGGUCAUUGACAAGGUAGCACGCAUAGCUCGUGCUGUAAGGUGGACAGCUACCAUACACCAGAAAGAACCGGAAUCGAACGGAAGGGAAAAAAUUCUUGUCGCAACCAAAACCUUUUGGAAGCUGCCUUCGGCAUCCCACUGAUACAAGCUUUGUCUUUCUUGUAUGUAGGUAUAGUUUUCUUAUUCUUCGUUUAUCCCAAUUGGGUGCCAAGUGUUUAAUCUGCUGUAAUCAAGGGGAUGCAGUUUUCUUUCUUGUUCCCUGUUUUGGUAAUAUCGGGUGAAAGUAGGGUUAGGGAAUGUGGAGAAUGUGCAAAGACGGACGGAAAGAAAGCCUGCUGUUUUAAUGUUAGGUUUACAUAAAGUAAUGGCCGUCAUAAUUUAAGUUACCUCCAAGGAUAAUGUAAUUUAGAGUUUCCCCCCUUUUUUUCCUCUUCUUUCAUCAGUAAGUUGAUGAUGUUUUGCAUUA